AUGUCCCAACUGACAGAAGAAGACAGUCUUCAGACUCCCCCUGCAGAUGAUCCGUCAGCGCUGCUGGGCCGAUUCGUCCACCCAGUCCAGCUUCACCAAGGGGUCCACCGUAUUCGAAGACUUCAUCGUCCGGGCCUUCGGCGACUCGAGGGAAUAUGGGUCACGCAUGAUCCUGAUAGGCAGCCUGAUGUGGUUGUCUAUUAUGUCCACGGUGGCGGCUUCGCCCUGGGUUCGACCUACUUCUAUCUGGAGUUCCAGAUGGCCCUGAACAGCCUCCUCGUCGACGCAGGCUACAACAAUCCGGCCAUCUUCUCUGUCGAGUACACUCUCGUCCCAGACGGACUAUACCCGAUGCAGCUCAACGAGAUAAUCAGGGGCUACGAGCACAUCCUCCGUGUGGCCGGGGAUGCAUCGCGUGUGUGCGUGGCGGGCGACUCGGCCGGGGGGACCCUGGUCCUCAGCCUACUGCAGGUUCUCGGCAAUACCCAAACUCGAGGGCCCAGUCGGAAGGAUGUGGAACUGCUCGAUGCAUCUACUGCCAUUGCCCAUGGUACUACACUGCCGAUUCCUGGCAUGGCGACGCUGAUAUCCCCCUGGGUCACGCUCAUGAGCAGCACACUAUUCUCCCCGUCGGGCGCCGACUACCUGGACCCACGCACGCUGCGAUUGUAUGCGCGCAAGUACGCGGGCGAGUCCGGGGCCAGGCGAUACCCCGCGUCACCGGGAUCCUGUGACGAAGAGCAGGUCUGGCGCUCGUCCAGCCCGGGGAGGGGCUACUUUGUCAUCUACGGGGAAGACGAGGUGUUUGCCUCGGACAUUGAGAAUUUUGUGAGGAUUCAGGAGAGAUUGGGCGUCGAGAUACGCACAGAGAAGGUUGAGGCCAGGGUGCAUGCAUGGCCGGUGGUGUCGCUGUUCGCUUCGAGUACUGAAGAUGCUAGGCUUGGUGGGCUGAGAUCUAUCGUUGACGAGAUUAGGAAUCGGAUAUAG